AUGGCGUGGCGACCGCACGAAGUUGCAGGCCCUCAGCAAGGCCUCCUCGAGGGCGCUCCCCUUUCUCCGUUUUUCUCGUGUGAAUCAUCUCAGCAGCAGCACAAAGGAGUGAAAGGAACUCUGAAGGUACGGCCUUCGCCAUUAUUCUUCCAGCGCUGUCGCUCUGGCGGGUGGCUCAGGCGCCACAUUUGCCUAACAAAUGAAGGAGAGGAAACAGAACAGCUCUCCGCAUCGAGUUCAAAUCCUUAUUUGGUAUUUGUUCACAAAGAAAACGUCAACCUCCCCCCACGAGCGUCUGUCUUUCUGCCUGUCGUCGUCCGCCUGUUGCCUGCGCCGCAGCAGCCAGAUGACUGCACCACAGACCACAUAGAGAUAAUCACCAUUGAAGGCUCAGCAGGCUCCAUACAAGUGCCAGUAUUUAUUUCACAAAAGGGCUCGGAAACUGUCCAGGCUACCGGUUGUGCAGAUAGCCCUCGCAGUAGAGGGCCACGCCACAGGGCAGCGCCCCAACCACAUCCUUACAGUCCGCCUCCAGCUAACCAAAUUCCGCCAACUGACAGAAAAAACGUCUGUUUGUCUUCUCGCCUCCCUCAUUCCGUCCUUUCCCUCACUCCUCCCCUUGAACAUAGUGCUGGCGGGAUUCAUAAAGGGCGCAGCACCAGCAGCGGCAGCGGCAUUGCCGACGCCGUGCGCUGUAGCCCCCCAUUCCAAGGGCUGCUGCUGUCGUCCCUUCAAGACGGAAGCAGCAGCAACUGUCGACUAUCAGUUAAUCCUUCGUUAUGCCUUUCCCCACAGCCGUGGGCCUCUAUGGAAAUGCAGCGACUGCAGCAGCAGGAGCAGCAGCUGGAGCAGAAAGCAUCCAAAAGCCCUGCCGUGUGGGCAUGGCGGCUUCGCGUCGGGCGCUCUAAACACCCUUUCUCUAUUCCUAACUUGUCUGCAGGAUCGCCUAGCUCUCUGCUGGACUCACCUGGAGUUUUGAGCAAAACUAGCGCGAACAGCAGCAGCAGUUGCUGCAGUGGCAGCAACAGUAGCAGCAGGAGCAGCAGCAGACCGUGUGAUGAGAAUGCUGAGGGCUCAGCUGCUGUGGAUGCUUCCCUGGCGGCAUCAUCGUAUGUAUCUCUUUUGCCUUCGCGUGCUCUGUCCCUUCGUUCUGAAGAGUUGCAGCGUCCUCUGAGCUGCCUGCAUCCGGCAGUAGCGGAGGAGGUUUCGCACGCACCAGCAGGAUCAGGAGCCGCACUAGGAGCAGCAGCCGAUACCCUUCAUAUCCCUUCUAGAGCAACACAAGAGCUUAAGAUGGAGGGCCCAUUAAAAACUAGUAGAAGUGCAGCAGCAGCUGCUGGCCUUCUGUUAACCUCAUCUGGAUCGAUGGACUCCUCAGCCCUCAGCACAGACGCCACUAAAGCCUCAGCGAAUGAAGUGGACAUGCAGCAACAACAGCAACUGCAACAGCAACAGCAGCAACAGCCCGAACAUGCAAGCCGGGGAAGUCUGCUGCAGCUUCAGGAGGAAAAUCGGCUGCUGCAGGAGGCUCUCAAAAACAGCCGGGCAGAGAUUGAAGCUCUCGAGCUACUGGGACAGCUGCAGCAAACCGCUAGGCAAACCCAGCAGCAGCAGAAGCAGCAGCAGGAGGAGGUUCUUGAGGGAGUAGAUUGCCCUCAGCAGCAGCUAUGGGGGCCAAAACAAGGGGCUUCUCAACAUCCGAAGGCGCUGCAGCAGCAAACGAAGGAGGAGCAGAAGCAACAACACGAGAAGCAGCAGAAACCGCAGCAGCAAAAAGAGAAGAGCCAACAACAGCAGCCAGAAUAUCAGCAGACAGAGGCACAACCGUCGCAACACCAACAGCAGCACCAGGAGCGACAGGUGCCGCAGCAACUUGGGCAGCAGCAGCAACUGACGCAGCAGCUACGGGACUUUCAGGAGGCGCUCAAGCAGCAGCAUCAACAAUUGCACUAUGAGCAACAGCAGCAGCAACUUGAGCAGCCUGUGCAGCAGGUAGAGGAGGAGCAGCAGCUCUUUCCGCAAAUCUUGAAGCAAGUGUCGGAGAAGCAGCAGCCGCAGCUUGAGCCGCUCCAGCGGCCUGUUACGGCACCAGUGCAGCAACAGCAGCGACAGCAGCUGAAGCAGCAACAGCUGCGGCAGAAUCAGCCAGAAGAGGGUGAAGAGAGGGGGAUUCGUAUACACCCGACUCCCCUUAAGAAAACUGCUACAGGGGCGAAGGGAGAAGAAACCCCUCAAGAGCGGAGGAGUCCACCGCUGUUUGUGUGGCCGUCUGCAGCGGAAAGCCUCAGCACGUUCAACAGACGGCUGCUGCGGCUUGCCUCCAACAGCACACGCAAUCAGCCAGCAGCAGCGGUGUGCAGCAGCAGCAGCAGAUGCUGCAGCAGAUGCGGUGAAGGGCCUGAAAAGGACAAAGCAACAAAUGGCAAGAAUGAGUUGCUUCUAGAGCAGCAGGAGGCGGCUGCUCUGCAGAAAGAAGAGCUGCAAGCGGUGAAGGCAGCUUUUGCUGCUGCGCAGGUGCGGCAUGAGCAGCAGCAGGAACUGCUGCAGCGCAAGGUUCAAGCACUGGAACAAGAAGUAGCGGCAGCGGCAGCAGUAGCGGCCGUCUCGGAAGAAAGGGCAAGCCGCCUUCUGCUGCACUUAGAGGAGCAGCGACAGCAGGCUGCUGCUGCGGCACGUGCCUCUUCUGCUACGCGUAUCCGUCUUUCGGGACGUUUAAAGGACACGCAGCUUCGAGUCAAGCAGCUCAGUGAGCUGCUUCACGCAGUGCAGCAGCAGCAUUCCUUCCUCGCUUCCUUGCAGCAAAAACAUGCACCAGCAGCAGGGAGACCUGACAGACUUCGAAGGUGUUGCCAGAGACGGCAACCACGUAAAAUACGGCCCCGAAGCAGCAGCAGCAUAAGCAGCAUUAGCUGUAUCAGCAGCAGUGAAGGCAGUAGCAGCUGCUGCAGCAACGACAGCAGCAGCAGCAGCGGCUGCGGCGAGGCAAGACAGCAACAACGCGUAAAGAAGCAGCAGAAGGCGUCGAAGGACUUUUGGGUUUUGGAGGUGCCCGAAGAUAUUCAACAGCUCAUGGACUCCCUAGAAACACCAGCAGCAGUACCUGUAGCAGCAACAGCGGGUGCACUGCGAGGUGGUGUUGCCAUAGACAUCGCAGCAUACAACCAGCAGCUGCCGCCAGCAGGCGGCCUGCCCCUGAGUCCUGCAACAGAAGUGGCAGCAACCGCAGCUACUGCUCCUGCCCUCCAAAAACGUAAAGGGAGGCAGAAAAAGUCCCUCCGUGCUGUUUCGCGCCGCGUUGAUCGUGGGUGCUGCUGCAGUAGCAGCAGGAACAGCACGUGCUGCUGCAGUUGCAGCGCCAGCUGCUGGGAGUUACAGCAGAGAUUAGCUCAGACAACAGCUAAGCUGAUAGUGAAGAGCCAGCUGCUUAUAGCACAGGAAUCAGCCAAUAAGGAGCUGCAGCUACAGGCAGAAGAGGGUGCAGCAGCAGCAGCAGCAGCAGAUGCUGCUGCAGCGGCAGCCGAGAAGAAGCUGCUGGGCGCCUUAUCUCGUAGCGCCUCCAUGCACGCGCAACUCCAAGCUGCUGCUGCAGCACAGCAACAGUUGCAGGCCUCAACGAAUGCAGCAGCAGCAACAGCGGCAGAGCUGUUGCAAACCAACAAGCAACUGCGCUUACGCCUUGAAGCUGCCAAUAACGAAAGGGACACGUGGAAGCAGCACCUGCAACAGGAACUGCAGCAGGAACUGCAGCAGAAGCUGCAGCAAGAAUGCAAACACUCCAAGACAGCAAGGGAAAAGCAACAAGUGGAAAAUAUCCAGGAACAGGCGCCCUACAAAGGCAACCAACAACAACACGGUCCGAACGCACUCCUGCAACAACAGCAGCCUAUCUCCUGCCAUUACUGUUGUGCGGAAGGAACAUCUGCUGCAGCUGAAGCAGCAGCUACAACAGCAGCAAUAGGAGCAACAACAGCAACAACAGUAACAGCAGGAACAACAGUAACAGCAGCACCAGCAGCAACGGCAACAGACGCUGCUUGGCGUGCAGCAGAUCCGCUUGUUUUGGCUGUAGAGGAGCUCGCAUGCAGUUUGAGAGAUAUGAAAGAAGAGUUGAGUCUCGUCAAUGCAAGCACCCCAACAGGCACCCCACACCCAGCAACAAAUCCUCUGCAGCAACCUGCAGAAGCACCAGCAGCAGCGGCAUUGUGGCGCUGGCCCAUAUUUGGGCAGAACUCCUUAAUAAGCGACAGGAGCACCAACAGCAACAACAACAGCAACAACGACAGCAGCAGCGGCAGCACCAACAGGCUUAGAGAACUACAGGUGACAGGGGAAAAACUACUUGAGGGUGUUGGUGUCUGUCUGGUGUGUUUGUCUCAUCGUCUGUUUGUUAGCCAGCAGCAGCAGCAAAAUAGCAGCAGCAGACGCAGCAAUCUAAUGAGGGCCCUGCAAGAAGAAACUGCGCGGCGCGUGGCCGAACAGGCAAAAGCAAAGCAUUUGAAGAUUGAGACUGUUGCGCUAGAGAGAAAGCUGUUGGUGUUGGAGUCGUGUGCUGCCGCGGAAGCUGCUCAAGUGGCCGCAGAUCACCGUGAGCAGCAGCAGCAGCUUCUGCAGCAGCAGCAGCAGCUGUUGCUGGCUCUGAGCGAACGGGAGGAGCAGCUGCAUAUGCUGCUGUCGGAGCAGAAGUCGCUGCAGCAACAGCAACAGCAGCUGCAGCGGGCGCUACGGGCGGCUCUGCGGAAGGGGCGGCAGGCAGCAGCAGCAGCAGCAGCAGCAGCGGAAGACGCUGUAUUUCAGCGACUGUCAGAUUGGAGAAGCUCGCUCGUUCGCACCACAGUGGAGGCAGCAGAGAGCUGCUGCCCGGAUCUCAGCUGCAGCACCAGCACCACCGCAAGCUGCAGCAGCAGCAGCAGCAGCAAGUGGAAGGGCAAGAGGAAGUUUUCUGCUGAACAGAGACCUCGGCGCCGGGCUCAGUUCUUAGGUUUAGUUCAGCGCCUCGCAGCAGCAGAAAUCGCUGUCAAGGAAUUAGCAGCCAUUGUAGAGGAGACAGCAGCAGCAGCGCCUCAUGCCUCUCCUCACCCAUACACAGAUGUCCACCAGGAGCAGCAGCAACAGCUGCAGUUGCAGCACACAGCUUCGCCGUGUUCAUCGGCGGCAGCAGCACGAAUUCACAGUCCCAAGGAAAAACCUCAUUGCGCCAAUAACAGUAGCCUGCAUGCACAAUAUGAACAGUGCAGCUCAGCGUCCUGCAGCAGCAGCAACAGUAACGAUAACAACAAAGGCAGCAACAACAACAACGGCGGUUCCUGUGCUUGUGGCUGCCUGUGCUGCUGGAGCCCGGAAAGCAGCAUGUCUCAGCAGCAGAAACAGCAGCAGCGGCAGCACCAGCUGCUGGUUGGUGCGUAUGCAGCACAGCAGCAGCAGCUGCAGCGGGCCCUCUUCGCUCUCCGUCGUUCGGGGCUGGAGGUCGAUCGACUGCACAACAGUUUGCUGCUGCAGCAGCAGCUGCGGGUUCCGAAUGAAGAAACAGCCCUCAAGUCGCGGACAGCAAUAGCAGAGGCAGAAGAGCUUAAAAACCAAGUUGCAAGGCUGGAGGAAGCUGCAGUACUUGAUCGGCAGCAGUGGCAGCAGGAGCUCAUGCUGCUGCAGCAAACGUACUGUACAACUUUGCUGCAGCGCGGUGCCGCCAAAGAGCGGCGAAAACAGAGAGCGCUGGAGGCACAAGCAGCAAACCAGCAGCAACUGCAGCAGCAUCAGCUACAACAGCAAAAAGCAGCUCGCGAACUGGAGCAGCAAGCGGGGUUGUUGCAGCAGGGCAGCAGCUGCAGCGAGCAGCUGCUGCAGGCACUGGUCGAAGUUCAACAGAAGGGGGCAGAGCAAAUAGCAGCAAGACAAAGCCGCAGCACCACUGCAACAGAUACCUUCGGCUCCUCGUCUUGCAGCAUCUCUGUUCGGCGUCUUCUGUCUCUUCUUGUGGAUCUCUGCCGGCGCCUUGCAUUUCUCGAAAGAAAAGCAAAUGUGGAGCUGCAGCCUUUUAGGGCAAGGCAGCAGGAGCAGGAGCUACAGCAGCAGCUACAAGUGCAACCAACGGAAGAGUCUCUUAUCGCCUACCGGUUGCUCUUAGGGGCUUUACUACAGCAGUUGCACCAGCAACAGGCCCUGCUGCAGCAAAUGAAGCAGCAAAAAUACUUGCAACGGGACCAGCAGGAGCCCACGGGUGCCGAACUUGCAGCAGCACAGCUCACAGUGGCUACUCGUGCUGCUGAUGAUGGUGAUGCUGCUAUUCUUGAUGCUGCUGAACCUGGUGCCUCCCCUUUGGUAGAAGCCGGCGUCCUUUGGCUGUUUAUGUCCGCAGCGAACUCUUGCAGCACCUGCAGAAAAUGCGCUGCACAGGACUUGGUUUCUGUUGCCGCUGCUGCAGGACGUCAGCAGCAGCAACAGGAGGCAGCGAAAGAAGCAGCUGCGGGGAUGGUGCAGCAAACACAAACCCUUGCAGGCCUUCUGCCUUUUAUUGUUGCAGCGCAGCGGCGGAUAACAGCGCUGCUGCAAACAGUCGGGGGAACUCCGUCGGGAGGCCCUCAGCUAUUCGGCGAUGCCCCUGUUGCUGCAUAUGGGGAAACAAAUCAGGAUCUGGGAGCUGCAGCACCAGCGGCAGAGGGUGCCCACCGACUGUCUAAAGUGGAUGCAUGGGAAUGCUGGGUGCUGCUUCGGGAGGUUCACAGGUUGGCUGCAGUAGCAGCCACAGCAGCAGCAGGGGCGCUUUCGCGUGCUCAGGGAUUUUGCUCCUCUCUGUGCAUGGCUCUCGCUGCUUCACUGGGGCAAGAAACCAGCGGCACACUAGAAAGUAACUUCACAUGUUGGAAAGGAGCAGAAGCAGCACCAUCACUUCCACCUCAUCCAUCAGAAACCCCAGAGACAACAGCGCCAGCAACAGUUACAGCAGCACCAGCAGCAACAGCAACAGCUCAGACAAAGCCUGUGGUGGAGGGCCUCUGUGGGUCACCCUGUAGUGGGGGGCUGUUCCCUAAUGCGCACAGCAGCAGUGCAGCUGCUGCUUUAGACUGCAGCGCAGCACCAAGACCAGAAAAUGCAGCUGCGACAGUAAUGGGACCACAAGCAGCAGCAGCUGCUGCUGUUGCUGCUUCAUGCGGAGUUGUUGGAGCGCAGCAGAGGGCUCUGGAGGUACUUCGAGACGACGAAAACUCGCAGCAGCAUUCCUGUAAAAACAAUGCCAAAGCGAUUCACAGAAGCAGCAGCAGCAAACAUAAGGCAAUGGAACAGCAAAUUCAACAACAGCAGCAGCAAAGCCUGCAACAGCACCAAAUGUUGCCGCAGACACAGCAACAGCAGACGCUGCAGCAGCACCAUCAGAAGCAACAGCAGCACCAGCAGCAGCCGCCGCACCAGAAACUACAGCUAAAACGGCAGCAACCGCAGCAGGUGCAACAUCUGCAGCAGCUGCAACAGUGGCAACAGCAGCAACAGCUGCAGCAGCAACAGCCGAUACAGCAGCCACAACACCUGCAGCAGCAGCAGCAACAACAGCAACAGCUGCAACAGAAACAACGACAACAACAGCUGCUGCAGCAACAGAUGCAAGAGGUCCAACCGCUCCAGCAGCAGCAACAGCUCCAGAAGCAGCAACAGAUGCAACAGCUGCAACCGCUCCAGCAACAGCACCAGUUCGAGAAGCUCCAAGAGCGGCGACAGCUUCUAUUCUGGAACCAGCAGCAACAGCAGCAGUGGAGGGAAGGCCUUUGCAGCGAAUCACAGAGCGCAGCAUCUCCAGCAGCGACACCACCACCCGGAGCAGCAGCAGCAGCUGGAGUAGCAGCAGGAGCAACAGGAGGCACAACCAUAGAGGUUCCGCCUGCAGCUGCAGCUCCCUCCUGCGAUAAAGGUAGCAAUAACUGCUGCUGCAAGGUGGAGGCACCUUGCAGCAUUUCAAAGUGUGAUGCCGUUGCAACAACGCAGCAACAGCAGGUCAUGCAGCGACAGCUUAUUGCUCUUGCUGCGCACACGCAGCAGCCGAAGGAUUCUUGGGUGCAGCCCAGCUGCACCUUCCCCUCGCCGCAGCAGCAAAUGCAGCAGCAGCAAAUGCAGCAGCAAAUGCUGCAGCAACUGCAGCAGCAACAACAAAAAGAACAGCACCACCAGCACCACCCCAGUUCCCCCCAACAUCCGUGCUGGCGGAAUUACCAUCAAGGCCACAAACAGUCGAAGGAGCAGCAGGAGGAAAAGCAGCACCAGCAGCAGCCCCUAGAGGAGCAGCACCAACAGCAGCAAAGCGCAAAUGCCUCGGAGGGAUUUCCCACCUGCCUGCAUUUUGGCUGCAGCAGGUCUCAGCUGAUAAAUUGGCAAAGCGGCCUUACAGCGGCAUGCGCUGGCUCUGCGGCUCUGAGGAGGCCAUCUGGGCAUCUAAAGCAGCAGCAGAGACAUAAAACGCAGAACGAUAAACCAUCGGAUUCUGCUGCCGUAUGUCGAAUUUACUUGCAGAGACGAGAGGCAAACCCCAGCUUGAAGGCCCCUCAGACAGGGGAGAAGAUACCGGCGAAGGAAAUGCAAAAUAUGGAACAAACAUCAGCAGUAGCAGCAGAAGCAACACAAGCCGCGGCAGGGGAAGCAACAACAAAAGCGGGGCUGCAUAGCAGACGAACAGCUUCACACGCUCCCUCUCCUAUCCGCAUGCAGAAGAGGAGUUCCAAAGAAGUGAAGAGAAUAAAUGGAAGAGCAGCAAAAGGGAAACAGUACGGAGCAUUGGAAACUGCAGUCGAGGGGGUGUAUGUACAGCGCAGAGCCGCCAGCUGUGCAGCUGCCGCCUGCAGUUCAGCAGCGACAUGUUGGCGAAACCAACCUCGUGGGAUUCCUCGCAAGGAGUCUCCUAAAGGAUUGAACUGA